UUUGAUAUACGUUUAGAUCGAAAUCGAUUUUGUCUCUACACGACUAGGCCUUUUAUCUGCUGACAAACACGCUUUUAUGUUUAGCCCUAGUGCUAAAACACGCUACAGACGUUGAAACAACAUCAAACAUGGCAUCAGUGGAAGAAGACUUCCCUCGAGGAGGAGGAGGAGGGGCCGCGAAGAAGCCCACUGAGAGUAAGAUAGAGGUGCAGCGGACAGAAGUGGACAACUUGUUCCAGUCCAAAGAACAAACCGAGACUAAGAAAAGAAAAGGGGCGGGCCAGGAUGCCGGCAAGAAGCUCAAGAAGCCAAAGACGGGCAAAGGAGACGGUCUGACGCUGAAUGCAGCGGCCAAGUGUGUGGAAAUUCUACACAUCAAGAAUUUGAAGGAGGGUAUCCUGAUGCUGGGCUGUGUGAAGGAGGUAACUGACUUUGAGGUGACCGUCAGUCUGCCCUGUGGCAUGCAAGGCUUCCUCAGCAUCAUGAACAUCUGUGACUCCUACACCAAGCUGAUCAGCGAGCAACUGGAUUCAGCUGAUACAGAGGACAUCUGCUCUCUACGGCAUCUCUUCUACCCUGGCAUGGUGUUCAGGUGUGUGGUUGCCAAGUUGGAUGUCACCAAAAGAGGCUCUCUUAGCAUCCAGCUGUCAAUCAAUCCAAAGCUGGUGAACAAGGCUCUCACCUCUAGCUCUCUGAAAGCUGGUAUGGCCGUGAGUGGAUGUGUGGAGAGUGUGGAGGAUCAUGGCUACAUAGUUGACAUUGGCCUCAGUGGAACCAAAGCCUUCCUGCCCAAAAAGACAGUAAAAGACAAACACAACAACACGGAAGAGCUGAAAGUGGGUCAGUAUUUGACUUCUCAAGUGGAAGAAGUAAAGAAUGAAGGACGUGUGGUCCACCUUUCUGUCAGCCCUCCGACCGUCGCCCAGGCCUGUGCUGAAUCAAAGCAGGGCUGGACCCUCACCAACCUGCUGCCCGGCCUCCUGGUCAAAGCUACGAUCAAAAAGGUGACCAAACACGGUCUGAUCCUGGACUUCCUGUCGUCCUUUAGUGGCCAGGUGGACGUUCUCCACAUGGAGCCAGAGCAGACGUCCAGCUACGCUGAGGGAACUGAGGUGCGAGCCUGUGUGCUGUAUGUGGAGCCGUCCGCCCGUCUGGUGGGCCUGAGCCUGCGCAGCCACCUCGUUCAGCCCGGGGCCGGAGUGGACCACGCUCCUGCUGGAGGUGACCGCAUUGGCGAGGUGGUGAAGGACUGCAAGAUGAUCGCGAUGCACCACAUGUCUGGAGCCAUGGUGGAACUGCCAGACAAAACGUUGGCCUUUGUACACAGGAACCACCUGAAGGAGGUUAAUGAGCCGGCUAAUGAAAACAGAGUGCUGGCUAUGACUGAGCACACCUGCAGGAUACUGGACUUCAGCCCCAUGGACCAGAUUCAUUUCGUUAGUCUGCGGAAGAGUGUGAUCGACAAGCGUUUUUAUAGAUAUCAUGAUCUUGAGGCCGGUCAGGUUGUAGAGGGGACAGUGUCAAUCCUGCUUGAUCACGGCAUGGUGGUGCAUCUGUCUGACCACAUUAGAGGCCUGGUGCCCCGGACACACCUGUCCGACAUCCUCCUCAAGAACCCAGAGAAGAAGUACGUGGAGGGCAUGAAGAUCAAAUGCCGGGUGCUGUCAGUAGACGCAGAGAAUAAGAAGCUGUACCUGACCAGAAAGAAGGCUCUGGUUGAAAGCUCCCUGCCAUUGUUCCUCAGCUAUACCGAUGCCCGUCUUGGCUGCGUGUCCCACUGCUACAUCGUCUGCAUCAAAGACUUUGGCUGCAUUGUUCGUUUCUACAACAGCGUCAAGGGUCUGGUGCCGCUCAACGAGCUCAGCUCUCAGCCGAUCGUCUGUCCUGAGGAGGUCUUCUAUGUGGGGCAGGUGUUAAAGGCUAAAGUUCUUAAGUGUGACCCCGAUAAGGCGAAGAUGGUGCUCUCAUUUAAGGCCGCGGUGGAGGGAGACACAGAGGAAGCUGCCACGCCCCAGUUGGACUGUGAGCUGGGGAAGAGGCUGGAGGCUAAAGUGCUGAAAAAGUCAGUCAAUGGUCUGGAGGUGGCCAUCCUCCCCGAUGAGAUCCGUGCCGUACUACCCACAAUGCACCUUUCUGAUCACAUGUCCAACUGCCCUCUGCUGUGGGAGAGUAUGCAGGAGGGAGACAACAUCUCAAACCUCAUCUGCUUCACCAAGAACAAGCAGAAUAUUACUGUCACCAAGAAACCAACGGUGAGAUGGUCGCUGGAGGAAGGAGUUGUUGCCAAGGACUUCUCUGAAGUCACAGUUGGAAUGCAGCUGAUUGGCGUCAUCAAGAGCAUCAUGUCUUACGGCGUCUUUGUGGAGUUCCCGUACGGCAUCGUUGGUCUCGCACCCAAGUCUGCCAUGACAGACAAGUUCAUCAGCGAUACAACAACCGCCUUCCAGCCGGGCCAGACAGUGUUCGCUAAAGUGACCAACCUGGAUGUAGAAAAACGGCGUUUCCUGGUCACGCUGAAGAUUUCAGAGGUCAUGUCUCCAGAGGGCGACGCCCAGACGAGACUCAUUAAUGGCCUGCAGGAGAGAAGAGCUGUGACUGAAAUGUUCGCUAUGAGAGAGAACAGUGAUCUACGCCAGCAGCUGGCUGCUCUGACUGUUGGUCAGAAGCUGAAGUUGACUGUAGACACUGCGAAGGACAGCGGUGCCACCUUUAAGUCUGAUGAUUUGGUCGGUGCUACCAUAAUGGCCACCAAGCACCAUGUCAUAGGUGUUAGUCUGACCUCAGGUCAGAAAGCUACUGCGGUCGUCCUCCAUGUUGACAUCCUGUCAACCUGUGUCCAUGUGUCCAUCCUGUCCAAGCUGGUGGCGAAGAAGAAAUCUUUAGCUGAAGGAUCAAAGUACACAGCGAUGCUGCAGCACAUCAACAAAGACUUUGCCAUCAUCUCACUGGGUGACACGGCACAGCUGACUGUGAUCCAGACCAGCAGCCACCUGAAUGAGAUAUUUCUGGUCGAGUCAGAGAAGCUGAAGGCGGGGAUGAGUUUGUCCGUCGAGGUCAUAGAACCCAGCUGCCAGGAACUGCAGGGGCUCGCCCUGGUGUCGUGGGAGCGCACUUCCCCGAAACGACAGCGCACGACAUCGGAGAACCAGACGAGCGCUACGGGUCACCGCUUCGGGGACAUCGUGCGCGGUAAAGUGCGGACUGUGAAGCCCGCCUCCAUUCAGGUCACACUAGAGGACGGAAGUACAGGCAGCGUGCACGUGUCGGAGGUGGUGGAGCUUGCAGAAGUGUGUAAGGGAUCCUUCCCCACGUCCACGGUUAAAGUGGGCAGUGAGGUCACCGCCAGGGUCAUCGGAGGACGCGAAGCCUCCAGCCACAGAUUCUUGCCCUUCUCCCAUCCCAAGUUUACCUACCCCAUCCCCGAGCUCACACUCCUACCCAGCAAACUGGAUACAAGUGAAGAUUUCAAAGCCGUUACAGUGAAACAGAAGCUAAACAGCUACACGGUCGGGGAGCAAAUGACAUGCUUUGUAUCAAAGUUUAAUCCAGAGAGGAAGUCUCUGGAGGUCACCACGGAUCCUUGUGUUACUGGGACAGUCGACCUGCUGGCCAUGAUCACCGACACAAAAGAUGCAAGCCACCCGGAAAAAAUGUACAAGCUGGGCCAAGCGGUCCGUGCCACAGUGGUAGAAGUGAACUCCAAACCUCAACGUUUCGUGCUGUCACUCACAGGUGUCCAUAAGCUGGAGAAAGGCAGCGUAACUUUGGGGAUGGUCACUAAUAUUCAGCCACAACUUGGCCUCCUGGUCAAACUUCCCUUUGGCAACUCGGGCACAGUUGCUGUCACUGACCUGGCUGAUGCCUACAGGCCGAACCCGCUGGACGGGUACAGCAAGGAUCAACUGUUGAGGUGUUUCCUCCUCGGGGAUGAAAAUGGCAAGUGGCAGUUGUCUCUACGUCCAUCAAGGCUGAACCCACAGCAGACCAAGCCGGUGAAGGACCCCGACGUCUUGUCUGUAGACAAACUGAAGGCAGGCCAGAUCAUCAGAGGCUACGUCAAGUCUGUGGGAGAGCAGGGCGUCUUCAUCAGGUUGUCGAGCAGCAUCACGGGAAGAGCUCAACUGCAGCAGUCCACCAAGUACUUUGUCAACAACCACAAGGUCCUCUUUAAGCACCUGACCCCCAACACCCUGCUCACUACCAAGAUCCACAGUAUUGACGAAGAGGAGGAGUUGGUCCACCUCUCUCUGCUCCCAGGGGACACCGGGAAGCCGGACGUCCUCCCAGAGUCUCUCGGCCUGCCGCUGCGUCUGAUCGGAGAGGAGAAGAAGGAAUACGACUCUAAGAAGAAGAAGCGCUCAGCGUCUGAGAGUGAGCAGAAACAAGCAGAGUCCCAGGUGCCAAAGAAGAAGAAGAAAACUAAAAAAGCAAAGACUGAUGACAGUGACAGCGGAGUGAAGGUGUACUUCAGAGAAGAGGAGGAUAAGGGAGACCAAGAAGAACCCAAAUCUGUAAAACAGGUGAGGCCCAGCUCAGCGGGUCUGUCCAGACUGCAGGUGGCAGCAGGUUUCUCCUGGGACGUGCACCUGAGCUCCCUGAAACCUGCCUCUACAGCGCAGGAGGGCGAUUCCAGUGAUGGAGAGGACCAAGAUGGAGGCAGCAAGCCCCAGAAGAAGUCUCGUCACGAGCUUCAGCAAGAGAAAAAGGCGGCGGAGAAGGCCCUGGUACAGCGGGAGACGGAGCUGAUGGAUCUGAGCCUGCGGCCUCAAGAUGCGCCCGCCUUCGAGCGCCUGCUCCUCGCUUCACCCGACAGCUCGCUGCUCUGGCUCCAGUAUAUGGCUCACCAUCUACAGGCCACCCAGAUCGAGCAGGCCCGCGCUGUGGCCGAGAGGGCCCUAAAAACGAUCUCCUUUAGGGAGGAGCAGGAGAAGCUGAAUGUGUGGGUGGCCCUGCUGAACCUGGAGAACAUGUACGGCACAGAGGAGAGCCUGAAGAGAGUGUUUGAGCGAGCGCUGCAGUUCUGCGAGCCCAUGCCCGUGUACCAGCAGCUCGCCGACAUCUACGCAAAGUGCGACAAGACCAAGGAGGCAGAGGGCCUGUACAAGACGAUGGUGAAGCGUUUCCGUCAGAAUAAAGCCGUGUGGCUGAGCUACGGGACCUUCCUGCUCCAACAGGGACAGAGCGACAGUGCCAGCGCUCUCCUGCAGAGGGCGCUGGCGAGUCUCCCCUCCAAAGAAAGUGUGGAUGUGAUCGCCAAGUUCGCUCAGCUGGAGUUCCGUUAUGGUGAUUCAGAGAAAGGUCGCACCAUGUUUGACAAAGUCCUGACGAGCUACCCGAAACGCACCGACCUCUGGUCCGUCUUCAUCGACCUCAUGGUCAAACAUGGCUCACAGAAGGAAGUCAGGGCGCUGUUUGAUCGCGUGAUCCACCUGAGUGUUUCAGUGAAAAAGAUCAAGUUCUUCUUCAAGCGCUAUUUGGAGUACGAGAAGAAGCACGGCACCCCGCAGAGCAUCCAGGCAGUCAAAGAGAAGGCCAUGGAGUUUGUGGAAGAUAAAGGCACCGAGGCUGCCAACUAAUGCACACAAUAAUACACACAAUAAUACACACGUUGUGUACGUGUGUGUGGACUGCAGUUUGCUGAACCCGGUCUGAGCUUCACACCUGUUCACAAACAAGCUUGUGGCUCCAGAUGCUCAGACAGGUUCCUCCUCAAAAUGAUCAACUUCUCAGCUUGUUUUUUAUUGUUGUGGAGACUUCUGAACCUAAAAGUCCAACGUUUGUGAAAUGUGUUGGAACAAUCUGUAAAUGUUCAAAGAAACUGGUAUUUGAUGUUUCAUUAUAGUCACGAGAACGAGCUAUGAAGAGAAUAAUUACUGUUAUAACGAUUAAUUUACUGUGUUUUCAUUCAAACGUUUGUGGGAGCAUUUUCUAUUCAUCUGUCCAGCCUUUCAAUAAAUCCGACACCAUUACAAUACAUUACGUGACGUUUUAUUUAAAAGCAACAAAUACAAAAUAACAAUAUAUAGGGACAUGUUUACAUACAGGCAAGACUAGUUCUCUAUCAGUCUCUUUAAAAGGGAAGGGCAUGGGACACAAUCGGUAACAAUAUCGUCUACUGAACUCCUCGUCGUGGUUGUAAUCCCGCUGGUCUUGGUCUCAGCUGGAGGUCGUGGCUAACCUCUGACCUCUGGAGCGUUUCACCUACGUUGGCAGUAUUGAAGAUGCAUGUGUGGCACAGGGUUAUAGGGUGACUGACAUGGUUUGUGCUGGCUGUAUUGGUGACACCCCUGAGAUAUGAGAGGCAUCCAAACUGAUCCUGAUGUCCCGCUCACUGCCUGUAGUGUAGUUUGUCUCUGGCAGUGACAGCGGCAAUGAUAUCCUGCUCUCUAAUGUGGCUCCCUUUGCCUGACAUGUUUUUUGGUGCAAUAUGGAAGUAGAACUAGGAGCGUUUUUAUUUUGUUUUUAAUGAAAAGAUCCUAUUCAUCCACCCACUCCCUAACUGAUCUGACCAGAUC